AUGGUUACUACUGCAGAACGAAAACAACUACUCAAACAACAUGCGCAUAUCAUGAAGGACCAUGGCAAAGAAAUUACAACAAAAUUCUAUAACACAAUGUUCAAAGAACAUCCAGAAAUGCGCAACUUUUUCAAUCAGACAAAUCAAAAAACUGGAAAGCAACGUGCAGCCUUGGCCAUGACUGUCUAUUUUUUUGCUGAAAAUAUUGACAAUAUAGAUGUGAUGAUACCACAAAUGUCACGUAUCUCUAGCAAACAUCGUUCUAUUACAGUUAAACCAGAACAUUAUUCAAUUGUCGGCAAGUAUUUAUUACAAGCAAUCAAAGAAUAUAUGGAUGACAAAGCAACACCUGAAGUAAUGGCUACAUGGUAA